ACUUGUUCUAUCAGUUUGAAAUCAUGGUAACUCUGACACAGCUCCCACCUUCUUUCUACCACAAGAGAGCUUAUGACGAGGUACCCCAGCAUCCACUGGAAAGACUCCAUCAAUUACGUCUAAGUGACGAACUUAGAAGACAGACGUUUGUAAACUGGCCAAAAUCAUCACCCAUUUGUCCGACUAAAUUAUGUGAUAAUGGUUUUUACUAUAUGGGAUCAAAGGACAAAGUACAUUGCGCUUUCUGUGGAGGAGUGUUAAGUGGGUGGUUAGAACAUGACAAUGUCGCUACUGAACACGCCAAACAUUUCAGGUACUGUGAAAAAGUUUCAACCAAAUCGAAAACCUGUGCGGACAGUUUUCCUGAACAUUCUGUUUCAAAUGCUACCGAACAGCAAUCAAUGAAUGCAAACCUUCAACCGCAUAAUAAACAAUUAUCAAUGCUAAAUACACGGAUAUCUACGUUUCAGUCCUGGCCAAAGAACUUGAAGCAGUCACCAGGAGAUUUAGCAUCUACAGGCCUGUAUUACAAAGGUACUGGAGAUACAUGUCAAUGUCAUAUGUGUGGUGGUAUAUUAUCAGGCUGGGAGGAUGACGACAUUCCAGAGGAUGAACACAAAAAAUGGUUUCCUAAAUGUCCACUUGUCAACAAAGAAUUGUAAUUCAAUAAAUCAGCACAAGAUCAAACAUGAAUCUAUGCUGUACAGAGA